GGGAGGGGGCGGGGCGAUUGGCCCGGCCCCGGGAGCCGGAAGUGCGGCCGUGCGGAUGGCGGGGCGCGGGGGGUCUCCGCUGGAGGCGGCGCUGGGUCGCCUGGGCGGGGCUUUGGGAUGCUCGCGGUGCCACAACCUCUUGAAGAAGCCUGUGAACCUGGGGAACUGCGAGCACGUCUUCUGCCUGUCUUGUGUGGUUGACUGUGUUGGCACAGCUUGCCCGGUGUGUCACAUCCCAAGCCGGGUGCAAGAUGUGAAGGUGAACAGGCAGCUGGACAACAUCGCCAGGCUGUAUAGAAGACUGCAGAGGUUGCAGGGCGGGGACCACUCAGGUUCUGGGUCUGAGGCAUCUUCACCCUGGAAGGCUGUCGCCAACAGAGGAAAGAACAGACAGAUAAAAAUGUGGUUCAGUCCUCACAGUGGAAAGAUGAGAUUUCAGCAUCUGACAAGGAGACUGGAGAAGCCAGAACCAGCUGUGGCCGACCAAGAGAGCCAGCCCCCUCACCCCUCCUCCGCCGCUGCCGCCGCCGCCGCCGCUGCUUGUGACAUCCCUUCUCCGUCUCAAGAGCCUUCCAAAGCGGCUGAGGAAUCCCAGCUGCAACGUAAGAGCAGGCUAAGGAGGCAAACUUAAACAUACCCCAACUAAUAAAAGAAAUUGCAGAGGAAUAUCACUGGACAUCCUCAUGAGCAUGAAAA